GACCAACGAAGGCUGUGCCUGUCCCUGAUGGUGAUGCCUUCGAUCUUGUCUCAGAUCUUGUUGUCUGCACUCUUAACACAGAAUCAGCACAGUUCAAGUAGUUUUGUUUAUGCAUUCCUUUGGACAUGUAGCCUAAUACAAUAUGGAAUCAUGUAAGAAACACAAAUAAAGAGAGGAGUAGGCCUAUUAUGGAAUAAUUUUUGGAGCCAUGGAUACGGUAAUUUAGAUUUUUAAUUCUGGAUUUGAUCGCAAUGGGUACUCGGGCAGCAGCCUUUGCUGCUAAAAUUCGAAACCUCCAUGACUACCAGUUGCGUCUUCUUCAUGGUGUCAUGCCGGUUCCAUCAGGGAUCGACAUUGGAAAUACCAUCAAAUAUUUCUCCCAAACUUUACUAAUGUUGCACUUUCAAGUACCAGUAUCAGGGUUAGGAUUCGGUCAUCCUGUACUCAAGGAUGUAACGAGCUCACCACUGGAAAUGUUGAGAUUCCCUCAGCAAGAUCAAUUACGUCUCAGUCUCUACCCAAAUCUUGACUACAAAGGGCUGUACAAUGCCUUAACACAACUAGUAGAUGUGGCUACAUUACUCCAGUAUGGAUUACACCCCUUUGGCCAAGCUCUGCUACAGUGUCUGGGUUGCCUGAUGCCAUUCUUGGAAUCGGAACUGUUGGACACCCUUCCCUACCUGACCGCUUCCUCGAUGGCUGUCCUUCCCAGCUCCCUGCAUCAGGCUGUCGUCAACUCACUCUGCUUCUACAUACUGCCCUUCACUAUCAGUAAGUUGUCUAAAACUAUCAAUAAAUAAUUUCGUUUGAUAUAAUC